UGGUCAAUCAUCAGUUCACUACUGUAGCUUCACAGUUCAAGUUAACCAAAUCACAAAAAAAAAAACACAACAACUCAAAAUGAAAUCUUUCGUUUGCAUUGCUAUCUUCGCCGCCAUCUUCAGCGUUGCAUUGGCCGGUCCAACCAGCAAUGCCGGUUCUGCCGCCGCGGCUGCCGAGCAAGAUGCUAAGGCUGAACAAAACGCACAAGCUGUGAACCUACAAUCCGCCUACGAUUUGACACGUUUCCGUAAAUCGGCUUAUGGUGGCGGUGCCGGUGCUAGCAUUCCUGCUCCACCAUGCCCCAAGAACUAUCUCUUCAGCUGUCAACCCAAUUUGGCACCAGUCGCUUGCGCCGCUCCCGCUCCAGCACCAGCAUAUGGUUCAGCCGGUGCCUACUCAGCACCCGUCCCAACUUAUGUCUACUAAGUUGCGAAAGAUCCAGUAGAAAUGGCAAAAGACAAUGGAAGACAAAUACCUGGCUGAUGAGUGGAGUAAAUUGAUAAAAAAAAUAAAAAUAAAAA